UCCAUCGCAUUCCCAGCCAUACAAGUAUCUUCCGUCCGCCGCGCGGCCGCCCUGCAUUCCUCCCUCGAGCCCCGCGUCCCUCCCUCGUGUUCGCGAUGUCUAGCGCGGGUUACCAGCCGCUCAAGACUGACGAUCAGGCCUACGACCACCCGCAAGGCCCUCCCGCGGGUCGUGGGAGCCCACGCUCCCGCCGGAUUGCCAUCUCGGUAUGCUUCGUCGUUUGCGCAGCGGCCCUCUCCCUCCUCUACGCCUUCCCGCCCUACUUUGGCCCAGACACGCUCACUACCUCGUCCUCGUCCCCUGGAGCGCUCCUCGACCAUGAAGGGCCUCUGAAGCAAUGCGCGGCAAGCGGCCCGCCCCCCGCCUCGCCCCCAGCACCUGUCAACCCUUGGGCCUCUCUCACCGUCCCAGAGACGACCGCGCUCACGGACUGGCUCAAUGUCCCGGAGCGCGCACUCAACCUCACCCCGGGCACGUCCGCACACAUCUCGGACAACUAUAUCUACCACAUCGGCGCAUGGCGCCCCGCCAAGGCCGACGCGCUCGCGUACCUCGCCGACCCGCAGGACACCGCGCCGCCCGACCGUUAUGCGCGGGUGACGAUCCACCACGGCGCCGCGGCGGAGCCGACAGUGCAGGACUACUUGGUGGGCCCGCUGCCUGUGAGCGGCGCGACAGGCAUACGCCCUCUAACAGAGGUGUAUCACCGCCCGGAGAUCCCAUACAACGCGCGAGGGUACACGACCCUCGCUGAGCUGCAGCCGAUUCUCAUCGACGUCAUGCCCAAGAUGGCGGAGGCAACCCAGGAACUGUUCGGAGGCGUCGCGCUGGGGCUCGCGAACGACACCCUCGUUGGAGGCGCGGUGGGCCCGCUGAGCUUCGACGGGUCCUUCCGGAGAGGUUGGAUCAACUGGCGGAGGAACGUCGCAGGGCCGUACCUCCACCCGGUCGGGUUCUUCCUCUACGUCGACAUGACCGGGACGGAUUCCAAUGAGUGGAAGCUGCUCAAGAUCGUGUACAACCACCAGGUGUUCGAGGGCGUGGAUGACUUCAUGGGCGCGUUCCGGAACGGCACGCUGAGGCGCCUCCCCGCGCGCCCGGACAACCACGACAUCGACUGGACGACGCGCAAGCGCCCCGACGGCCCCCGCCGCGACCUCGACCACCUCCCCGGCCCGCGCUCGGUGUCGUUUGCGGGCCUGCGCUUCCGCGUGGACAGGGAGACGCAGUACGUGAGCUGGAUGGGGUGGGGGAUGUACCUCGGCUUCGAUCGUGAUAUGGGCCUCAGCUUGUGGGACAUCAAGUUCCGGGGUGAGCGCCUCAUCUACGAGCUCGCGCCUCAGGAGGCGAUCGCGCAGUAUGCAGGCAACGACCCGAUGCAGAGCACCACAGCGUGGCUCGAUAGGUUCUUCGGUAUGGGCGGUUCUGUGCGCGACAUGCUCCCUGGCUACGACUGCCCGCACGAGGCAGUCUUCCUUCCCGCGACGACCAACACCUUCGCGGGCUCUAUCACACGCGAGCGGGCGAUCUGCAUAUUCGAGCACGACUCUGGCCGCCCGAUCACACGCCACAUGGGCUACGCGGAGGGGGAGUUCGGCGCCGUGCGCGGGUACAACCUCGUCGUACGCUCCAUCGCGACCGUCGGCAACUACGACUACUUGUUUGACUACAUCUUCCACAUCGAUGGCACGAUCGAGGUCCGCCUGUCUGCAUCGGGCUACUUGCAAGGUGGCUUCUGGGAGCCCAGUCAGGAGGGCUAUGGUACCGCGAUCCGGGACACAACCAUGGGCUCGCUGCACGACCACGUGAUCAACUACAAGGUGGAUCUGGACGUCGCGGGCGAGAAGAACUCGCUGCUGUUCACGCACACGCACCAGGAGGAAGUCGAGCAGCCGUGGUUCGAGGACGACUGGGGCAGCACAGUCCUCCAGCAGAAGAUCACGCGGACGUUCAUCGAGAGCGAGGACGACGCGCUGCUCAAGUUCCCGUACAACUUCCAGGGCGGGUACUCGCUCGUGAACCGCGAUGAGACGAACAGGUGGGGCAUCCCGCGUGGCAAUGUAGUCAACCCUGUGCACGAUGUGCGUUUGCAUUGCGCGUGUCCUAACAUUGCCGGGCCGGCUGGCUGUGGCGCAGACGGUCGUCGGCUCAUGGUCGUGUUGCGUAACGCUGAAUGGAUACGUAGGGCGGCUCUGUGCGAUGCGCGGCCUCGUACUCGCAGGCGCGCACUGUGUCGUGUCGCCGCUAGAGUGAUCAGCUGCGUCUCGCCGUCGUCACGUCCUGAUGGAACGAGCGUGUCGGUCGCUGGUUGGUUGACCAGCGGCCUAUGGUGCUCGUGACAGCUGUUUGACGUGGGCGAUAUGUUGACGCAGACUCGACACGGGCUUAUGCAGACACACCGCGGGUCACCAUUCAACUUGAAGCCCCUUCGACGCGCGUGCAAGCGGACCUUCUUCCCAGUCUGUAGGUGGAACUGGCGCAACGCUGGGCACUGUCGCGUUGUGCAGACGCGGACGAAGGCCUCUCACUCGCUCAUGUGCCUCGACAA